CUCUUCUUCUGUGGUGCAUUCAGGUGUGCAUGAACUUUGAGUGUCGCAGCGCUGACGUCCUGAAGUACGACUGUGACGUGGAGAAGAAAUGUCACGGACACGGGGUGUGUAACAGUAACAGGAACUGUCACUGUGACGACGGCUGGGCUGCACCUUUCUGUGAGGUCAAAGGUUAUGGCGGCAGCGUGGACAGUGGACCAACGUGGAACGAUAAGGACACGUCUCUCAGAGACGGCCUCCUCGUCUUCUUCUUCUUCAUCCUUCCUCUCCUCGCUCUGGGUGCGUUUGUUUUCGUGCGCAGGAACGAGCUGCUGCGACGACUCGGGCUGAGCCGCAGGAAGAGGUC